GGUCGUCAUGUUAAAACAGGCCAGCUUGCUGCUAUUAAGGUUAUGGACGUCACCGGGGAUGAAGAGGAAGAGAUCAAACAAGAAAUUAACAUGCUGAAGAAGUAUUCUCACCACCGAAAUAUUGCUACGUAUUAUGGUGCUUUUAUUAAAAAGAACCCACCAGGAAUGGAUGAUCAGCUCUGGCUGGUGAUGGAGUUCUGUGGCGCGGGCUCUGUCACCGACCUCAUCAAGAACACGAAGGGGAACACCUUGAAGGAGGAGUGGAUCGCCUACAUCUGCAGAGAGAUUUUACGGGGUUUGAGUCAUCUACACCAGCACAAAGUAAUUCAUCGAGACAUCAAGGGACAGAAUGUAUUGCUGACAGAAAAUGCAGAGGUUAAACUAGUGGAUUUUGGUGUCAGUGCUCAGCUGGAUAGGACGGUGGGCAGGAGGAACACCUUCAUUGGAACGCCUUACUGGAUGGCCCCCGAGGUCAUUGCCUGUGAUGAAAAUCCUGAUGCCACUUAUGACUUCAAGAGCGACUUGUGGUCCUUGGGGAUCACGGCCAUCGAGAUGGCAGAAGGUGCUCCCCCUCUCUGUGACAUGCAUCCCAUGAGAGCCCUCUUCCUCAUCCCCCGCAACCCGGCCCCGAGGUUGAAAUCCAAGAAGUGGUCUAAAAAGUUUCAGUCCUUCAUUGAGAGCUGCCUAGUGAAGAACCACAGCCAGAGACCAACCACGGAGCAGCUGAUGAAGCACCCCUUCAUCCGAGAUCAGCCCAACGAGAGGCAGGUCCGCAUCCAGCUCAAGGACCACAUCGACAGGACUAAAAAGAAGCGAGGCGAGAAAGAUGAGACGGAGUACGAGUACAGUGGAAGUGAGGAGGAGGAGGAGGAAAAUGACUCUGGAGAGCCCAGCUCCAUCCUAAACCUGCCCGGGGAGUCGACGCUGAGACGGGAUUUCCUGAGGCUGCAGCUGGCGAACAAGGAGCGGUCGGAGGCGCUGCGCCGGCAGCAGCUGGAGCAGCAGCAGCGGGAGAACGAGGAGCACAAACGGCAGCUCCUGGCCGAGCGGCAGAAGCGCAUUGAGGAGCAGAAGGAGCAGAGGAGAAGGCUGGAGGAGCAGCAGAGGCGGGAGAAGGAGCUGCGGAAGCAGCAGGAACGGGAGCAGCGGCGGCACUACGAGGAGCAGAUACGGCGGGAAGAGGAGCGGCGGCGUGCGGAGCACGAGCAGGAGUACAUCAGGCGACAGUUAGAGGAGGAGCAGAGACAGUUAGAGAUCCUGCAGCAGCAGUUGUUGCAGGAGCAAGCACUACUUCUGGAGUACAAGCGCAAGCAGCUGGAGGAGCAGCGGCAGGCAGAGAGGCUGCAGAGGCAGCUCCAGCAGGAACGGGACUACCUGGUGUCCCUGCAGCAGCAGCAGCAGCAGCAGAGGCAGGACCAGAGGCCAGCAGAGAAGAAGCCCCUCUACCAUUACAAAGAAGGGAUAAAUGCCAGCGAGAAGCCAGCCUGGGCCAAGGAGGUGGAGGAGCGCUCCCGGCUCAAUCGCCAGAGCUCGCCGGCCAUGCCCCACAAGGUGGCCAACAGGAUUUCUGACCCCAACCUGCCUCCUCGGUCGGAGUCUUUCAGCAUUAGUGGUGUGCAGCCGGCCCGGACCCCACCCCUGCUCCGACCCGUGGACCCACAGAUUCCACAUCUGGUCACUGUGAAAUCCCAAGGAAGCUCCUUGUCUGGGUCUCAGUCACUGCAUGAACAGCCUGCAAAGGGACUGGCUGGGUUUCAGGAGGCUCUGACGGUGACCUCUCACCGCACUGAGAUGCCAAGGCAGAACUCGGACCCCACCUCAGAAAACCCUCCUCUGCCCCCUCGCAUUGAAAAGUUUGACCGAAGUUCUUGGUUACGGCAGGAGGAAGACAUUCCACCAAAGGUGCCUCAACGAACCACUUCCAUAUCCCCUGCUCUGGCAAGGAAGAACUCCCCGGGCAACGGCAGCGCCCUGGGGCCCCGACUGGGCUCCCAGCCCAUUCGGGCAAGCAACCCAGACCUGAGGAGGACAGAGCCCAUCGUGGAGAGCCCGCUGCAGAGGACCAGCAGCGGCAGCUCCUCCAGUUCCAGCACUCCCAGCUCCCAGCCCAGCUCCCAGGGAGGGUCCCAGCCUGGCUCCCAGGCUGGCUCCAGCGAGAGGAACAGAGUCAGAGGGAACGCCAAGCCCGAAGGGUCCCCCGUGCUCUCCCAUGAGCCUGCCAAGGUAAAGCAGGAAGACAACAGGGACGUGACGCGACCGAGCCGACCCGCUAGCUAUAAGAAAGCUAUAGAUGAGGAUCUGACGGCCUUAGCCAAAGAGUUGAGGGAGCUGCGCAUCGAAGAAACCAAUCGCCCCCUGAAGAAGGUGACAGACUACUCCUCCUCCAGCGAGGAGUCGGAAAGCAGCGAGGAGGAGGAGGAGGAUGGGGAGAAUGAGACACAUGAUGGGACCGUGCCUGUCAGUGACAUCCCACGGCUUAUACCCACAGGAAUUCCUGGGAGCAAUGAGCCGUACAGCCUGGGAAUGGUGACAACCCACGGGCUAGAGACUUCCCAUGCAGAUACGUUUAGCAAUAUUUCAAGGGAAGGGACUUUAAUGGUGAGGGAGACCUCUGGUGAAAAAAAGCGUUCUGGCCACGCAGCCAGCAAUGGCUUUGCAGGUCACAUCAAUCUCCCUGACCUGGUGCAGCAAAGCCACUCGCCGGCGGGCACGCCGACCGAGGCCCUGGGGCGAGUCUCCACGCAUGCGCAGGACAUGGACUCGGUGCCUGAAUAUGGUAUGGGAAGUAGCACCAAAGCCUCUUUCACUCCCUUUGUGGACACCAGAGUGUAUCAGACCUCACCUACUGAUGAAGAUGAAGAUGAGGACGAAGAGUCAUCUGCUACUGCCCUGUUCACCAGCGAGCUGCUCAGACAGGAGCAGGCCAAGCUGAACGAAGCCCGGAAGAUCUCUGUGGUGAACGUCAAUCCCACCAACAUCCGUCCCCACAGCGACACCCCGGAGAUCCGGAAGUACAAGAAGCGUUUCAACUCAGAGAUACUCUGUGCUGCUUUGUGGGGUGUGAAUCUGCUGGUGGGCACAGAAAAUGGCCUGAUGCUGCUGGAUCGGAGUGGGCAAGGGAAGGUCUACAACCUCAUCAACAGACGGCGAUUUCAACAGAUGGACGUGCUCGAGGGCCUUAAUGUCCUCGUGACAAUAUCAGGAAAGAAGAACAAGCUGCGUGUGUACUAUCUCUCCUGGCUGAGAAACAGGAUUUUACACAACGACCCUGAAGUGGAGAAAAAGCAGGGCUGGAUCACAGUCGGGGACCUGGAGGGAUGCAUCCACUACAAAGUUGUGAAAUAUGAAAGAAUCAAGUUCUUGGUGAUUGCCUUAAAGAAUGCUGUUGAGAUCUAUGCUUGGGCUCCUAAACCAUAUCACAAGUUCAUGGCAUUUAAGUCUUUUGCAGAUCUCCAGCACAAGCCGUUGCUCGUGGAUCUCACUGUAGAAGAGGGUCAGAGACUCAAGGUUAUCUUUGGAUCACACACUGGUUUCCACGUGAUCGAUGUAGAUUCUGGGAACUCCUACGAUAUCUAUAUACCCUCUCACAUUCAGGGCAAUAUUACUCCUCACGCCAUUGUCAUCCUGCCUAAAACAGACGGGAUGGAGAUGCUGGUGUGCUACGAGGACGAGGGCGUGUACGUCAACACCUACGGGCGGAUAACUAAGGAUGUGGUGCUCCAGUGGGGAGAAAUGCCUACUUCCGUGGCCUACAUUCAUUCCAAUCAAAUAAUGGGCUGGGGAGAGAAAGCUAUUGAAAUCCGGUCAGUGGAAACAGGACAUUUGGAUGGAGUAUUUAUGCACAAGCGAGCUCAAAGGUUAAAGUUUCUAUGUGAAAGAAAUGAUAAGGUAUUUUUCGCAUCGGUGAGAUCCGGAGGAAGCAGCCAAGUGUUUUUCAUGACCCUCAACAGAAACUCCAUGAUGAACUGGUAACAGAGGAGCACUUGGCACUCACCGACAUGGCAUUACUUCUAAUUGAAAGGACAUUAAACACGUGGACUAACACUGUUGAGGCAGGUGUGGGGGGCCCCAAGGAACGCCGGCCCCCUGGCACUGCCGGCCCCGGGGCACGGCUGCGGGCAGGGGCGGACUUUUGCGCUUGGACCCCCUCGAGGUCUCCUGGUUAUGCUGUGUUAUAGUGGGUUAUGAGUUCUCCUUUAUUUUAUUUUAUUUUUUUUAAUUUGACUUUUUCUUUGUCCCCUACUUUGUAAGAGCGGGGAAAGAAACAGUGUCAAAAAGUCUGUUUUUAAUUCUGUCUGCCUGCUAGCAUCAAAUAUAUAGUAUGUUGUAAAGUUACCAAUUAAAUCUGGUGAGAGACAGCACAAUAAAUGUACCUUUUAUCUUUGUGAUGAAGGCCAUAACCAUAUAGCUGGGUAAUUUUAGGAAUCUUUUGCCUUCACCAACAUUUGCGUGUUGCUUUUGGCAGCAACGGCUUAACGGAUUUUUAAAGAAGAGAAGAAAUAAUAGGGUUUUUUUUCCCCUCUUUUGGGAAAUGGAUUUUAAAUGGCUAAACUACUAGCCUUAGACUAAUAAAAGUCAGCUACCAUU